AUGCCAAGACCCAAUUUCACAGCUGUCACAGAGUUUAUCUUUGAAGGCUUCUCCAUUUUUGAGUGGCACUCCAGACUCAUCCUCUUUGUCGUCUUUUUGGCCUUAUACCUGUUGACCCUUGCCAGCAAUGCUCUCAUCUUGACAGCUAUCCGCCUCAACCGUCAACUUCACACACCCAUGUACUUCUUCCUGAGUGUGCUGUCCAUUUCCGAAACCUGUUACACACUGGCCAUCAUCCCCCGAAUGCUAUCCAGUCUCCUCAGCCCCCAACAAGCCAUCUCCAUUCGAGAAUGUGCCACCCAGCUCUUCUUCUAUCUCACUUUUGGUGUCAACAACUGCUUUCUGCUCACAGCCAUGGGGUAUGACCGCUAUGUGGCCAUUUGCAACCCACUACGGUAUUCAGUCAUCAUGGGCAAAAGGACCUGCAUGCAACUGGCAAGUGGAUCCUGGAGCAUCGGCCUGAGCACAGCCAUCAUUCAAGCGUCAUCUGUGUUCAGCCUGCCCUUCUGUGAUGCGAACAUUAUCUCCCACUUCUUCUGUGACGUCCGGCCCCUAAUGAAGCUCGCCUGUGCUGACACUACCAUGAAAGAAUUUGUCACUCUGCUCAUCAGUCUCUGCGUCCUUGUCCUGCCCAUGGUCUUGAUCUUUAUCUCCUAUGUCCUAAUUGUUACCACCAUCCUCAAGAUUGCCUCUGCUGAAGGUCGGAAAAAGGCCUUUGCCACCUGUGCCUCCCACCUCACUGUGGUCAUUGUCCACUAUGGCUGUACCUCCUUCAUCUACCUAAAACCCAAAUCCCAGAACUCCCUGCAGGACAGACUCAUCUCCGUGACCUACACUGUCAUCACCCCCCUACUAAACCCCGUCAUCUACAGCCUGAGGAAUAAGGAGGUCAAGGAUGCCUUGCUCAGAGCACUGGGCAGGAAGCCACUCUCUUAG